AAUUCUUUUAUGGACCAUAUGAGUAUUCUCGUACUGACCACAUAGCUGCACAAAUCCAGCGUUAUCGGGAUCAUGGCUUAUCAGGCUUGAACAUUAUCCGGCAAUCAUAUGGCCUGCCUGCUUUACCUGAUUGGACCAGUUUAGGUGGACUCAAUGGGGUAUGUGAG